AUGGCUAGUCCCAACGUUCUUACCUUUGAUGCUGAGAGUCGAGCGGUAGACUUUGAGGUGUGGAUAGAUGAUCUGCAGCUUUUCCUGCAGUGCGAUAGCAAACACGACCUCUCACUUUUCGAUCUCACGUCUGGCGCCUCUACUGCCCCUGCUGCCGAUGCUGACAGUACUGUUCGCUCACAGUGGACCACGCGCGAUGCUGCUGCCCGUCUUGCUGUGCGUAGUCACCUGCCGUCCACUGAGCGCGCGCACAUUAGUCAGUACAAGACUGCUAAGACCUUGGACCACUUCCUCUCUGUUUACCCCACCACACUCACCGUUGACCUCCUCGAGGAGCGCCUCUUUGCAACUGAGAAGAGUAUAGUCGCUGUAGGAGCCUCUCGAAGUGACCCUCGUGCCCCUUUCUUUGAGGGGUGUUCCCCCGUCCCCCUCUUGCCCUCUGUUGCCUCUGCUGCUGCUGUCGACCUCGUUGGCACCGAGUCGGUCGGCGUUGCGUCUACCCCUAGCGGGAGGCGCUGCAACGGCAAGGGCAAGGGGGACAAGGGUGCUGGGGGAGCGGGCGGGGGUGGUGGUGGUGGCGGUGGGGGCGGCGGAGGGGGUGGGGGUGGCGGUGGGAGUGGUGGCGGGGGUGGGGGCUCUGGUGGCGGCGGCGGCGGAGGCGGCGGCGGCGGUGGCGGUGGGAGUGGAGGAGGCGGCGGUGGCGGCGGUGGCGGUGGCGCUGGUCGGGUUGGCUCUGUGCCGCGGGGAGGCUUCGGUGGUGGCCACCGUCAGCAGCAGCAGCGCUCUCGUGAGACCGCGCCACCCCAGCAGCUUCGUGAGUGGUACGCUGCGCGUCAGCGGUCUGGGGGUGCUGGACCCUGUGCCUACGUCAUGCGUACUAGUGACUAUAAUGGGGAGCCGUGCUACGGGCCGCACACCACCCAGCGCUGCUUUGGCCGCCUGACUGACCCCUGGCGUCUCCAGUUCCUUGACGCCUCUGAGAUCCCUCGCUGGGGUGAUUCGCUUAAGUCGGGUGUAGCUAUCUUUGAUCUUGACUAUGAUGCUAUUGUUGCUGCCAUGUAUGUUGUGUCUACUAGUGAUGAGGGUGACUGUUACCUGUGUGUUCCGCCUGACCCGAGCAUUGCAGCUGCUGCUCUAGGUGCUCGUGAGUCCGCUGCUCCAGGUACUAGAGAGUUUACUGCUCCAGGUGCUAGUGAGUCUGCUCUCUCAGGUACCACGUCUGGUCAGGCUUUGCACACCUUCACCCUUGACUCGGGUGCUUCUCGCUCCUUCUUUCGAGACCGCACCACCCUCACGCCGCUCAGUCGGCCAGUUGCGGUCUCCCUAGCAGACCCCUCUGGGGGUCCUGUCCUUGCCCACUUCUCCACUGUACUACCGUGUCCAGCGGCCCCGUCUAGCUCCCUGUCAGGUCUUUACGUCCCCUCAUUCUCUACGAACUUGGUGAGUUGUGCUGACCUGUCAGUUCACUCCUGCGAGUCAGCGGGUGACCCACUGCACGUGUGCUCGGACGGGCCGAUAAAUGGCCACGUUAACCCGUCAGCUGGGGUCGAGCCUACCCUCCUCUGGCACCACCGCCUUGGUUACCCUUCCCUGCCUCGUCACCGAGGCAUGGCCUCCCGUUACCUUGUCUUUGGUCUCCCCAAGUACCUCCCUCCCCUUCCUCCGGGGCCUGCCCCUACCUGCGUUCCCUGCGUCGAGGGGCGGCAGCGCGCCGCUCCUCACUCCUCCAAGUUUCCGCCGACAGAGGCUCCGCUGCAGACUCUUCACAUGGACGUGUGGGCCCAGACCGCGUCCGUGGACAGGUACGCGGUGCAGCAGAUCAACCUUCAGCCCCAGGUCUCCUUGCCGGAGACCUCCCCCUCCGUUCGGUGGACGGGGAAGGUUGGCGAUGCGUCUGCGUUCCGUGUCUGGGGAUCUCGAGCUUUCGUCCGAGACUUGUCUGCGAACAAGCUGUCCUCUCGUGCUGUUCCAUGCGUCUUCCUUGGUUUCCCCCCUGACGUGCCUGGUUGGCAGUUUUACCACCCCACCUCGCGCCGUGUUUUGUCCUCCCAGGACGUCACGUUUGACGAGUCGGUUCCGUUUUACCGUCUCUUCCCCUACCGCGCUGCCCCCCUCCCCCCCCGCCGCUCUUCCUCGCGCCAGGUCCCCUCCGGUAGACCCCCUCCCCCCUCAGGGUCCUGCCCCCUUAGGUGUGUCCCAGGUAGACGCAGUUGA